AUGAAGCUGAACUUCCUCCUCACCGCGGCUCUUGUUGCUGCUCCUGUCAUGGCCGCCUCAUCCACCACAACAUCGACUGAGACCACCAAGGCGACCAAGACCAGUGCCGCCUCCAAGACCUCCAAGGCCGCUGCUGCUCCUACCAUGGGUGUCGAUAUGAUGGGCGUUGCAGGUGUUGCUGGUGUCAUUGCUGCUAUGGCCCUUUAA